UAUCGUGUCGCGGCCGAAAGUCAGUAGACAUUGUGACGCGCACUUUGGUGGCUCGGUAGAUUUUUUACUGACCCUCGCGCCAUGAAAAGUCACUCCAACAUUUUUGCACUCGCGUUCGUCACGCUCGUUUUGAGACCUCGCGCGAUCUCUCGUAUGUGUUGAAAGCCGCCGGAGACAUCAAGAGCAAACGAGAAAAAUGGAGGGCAGGAAAAAGUCGAUGCUGCAAGCCGCCGAUUACGUUGUCCUCGGCGUGGUGAUGCUCGUGUCUGCUGGCAUUGGCGUUUAUUACCGAUUCACCGGGGGCAAACAGAAAACCAUCGAGGAGUACUUCUCGGCCAAUAGAUCGAUGAGCGUGUUGCCUCUGAGCAUAGCUCUGAUGGUAUCCUUCGUUUCGGCAAUCACGGUCCUCGGCAUCAGCGGAGAGAUUUACGCCCACGGCACGCUGUUCGCCGUACAUUACAUUGGCAUCGUCGCGGCGACAGUCGUGGUCGGCUACUUUUACCUGCCGGUGUUCUUCGAGCUCGACAGCAUGAGCGUCUACGAGUAUCUAGAAAGGAGGUUCGGCAUAGCUGCACGAUUGACCACGAGCAUAGCCAACUACAUUCAGCUGACCCUGUACACCGGCGUCGUCCUGUACGCGCCGUCUUUGGCGAUAGAGGCGACAACGGGACUGUCCAGCAAAACCAGCAUAACUCUCAUAGCUGUGAUCUGCAUAUUUUACUCGACGGUCGGCGGCAUCAAGGCCGUCCUCGUCACCGAUAUCUUCCAAGGUGUGCUCAUGUUCGCCUCGCUCGUCUGCAUCCUGGCGGUGGCUUCCAGCGAAAUCGACGGUGGCCUCGGCCGCGUCUGGCAAGUCGCCAGCCAGCGCGGCAGACUCGAGUUUUUCGACUUUCGACCGGACCCGACGAUACGCCACACUUGCUGGAGCCUCAUCUGCGGCUGCUUCUGUCUGUUCUGCUCGCUGUACGGCGUCAAUCAGGUGGAGGUCCAGCGUCUAAAGACCGUCAAAACCCUGAGGGCGGCGCGCCUGGCCUUGUUCAUGAACGUGCCGAUGCUGGUGUCCUUCGGGCUGAUGACCUGCUUCUGCGGCCUGGUCUUGUUCGUCGUCUACAAGGACUGCGAUCCGGUGAGGAGCGGCCAAGUCGGCUCGGCCGACCGCCUGAUGCCGCAUUUCGCGGCCACCAAAAUGGCCGUCUACCCGGGACUGGCGGGCCUCUUCAUCUCGGGAAUCUUCAGCGCCAGUCUCAGCACCAUAUCCGCCAUGCUGAACUCGCUGGCGGCCGUCUUCCUCGAGGACUACCUGAAGCGCCUGUACCGCCGAGCAGGCAGGAGCUUCCCGGCCGAGAAGGAGGCGUACUUUGGCAAAGUUCUGGCCGUGUCCAACGGCCUGAUCUGUACGUCCAUCGCCUUUCUGGCCGGCAGCCUGGGUAGCCUCAUAACGCUCACCGUCUCCAUCACGGGCUCGAUCGCCGGCCCGGUACUCGGCAUCUUCACCCUCGGCAUGUUCUUCGAGGGCGCCAACGAGAAGGGGGCCGUAGUCGGCAUCGUCACAGCCCUGCUGACCUGCAUGUGGGCGAGUUUCGGGCAGCCCCGGCCCAAGGUGCCUCCGCUUCCGGCCUCCACAGAUGGCUGCAAUUUCACAGUCCUGCCCGCCGGCCUGUCCGUCGCCGAACCGCCGCGAGACCCGAGUUCCUACUUCUACCUCUACCGCAUAUCGUACAUGUGGUACAGUCCCAUGGGCGCGACCAUCACUCUCGUCGUGGGCUACCUCGCGAGUCUGUUGUUCGAUAAGUUUUCGCGCGAGAGGCCGAUCGAGCCCGAUCCAAGCCUCUUCACGCCGAUGUUGGCCGAGCGGAUACGCAGGAAACGAUCGGACGCCGCCAAAACGACGAGCAGCCAAGUGCUCGCGCUCGAGGAGGCGAACGCACGGCGAAACCAAUGACUACCAAGGGACGAGGGAGCGCCCGGCGAGAUCGAAGUGGGCAGACUUCCUCACGGCAAGGCCCCGGUCGACUUCUGGCAGUCGGAUUCCAAUUACAACGCUUUUCACGACUUUGGAGCGGACGGCGAAUGAUUGAUUUUGUGCGAAUUUACCAGUGUGGCGGCCGCCAAGUAUCACUCGUGUACUUGCUCUACAUUUUGAACUGCGAAAAUCGACAACUCACCUGAGACAUAGAGAAUGAGAUAAUUUUAUUGAUAGUGCUGCACGUCGCAGUGUAUGUAAAUAACUAUUAGAUAUGUUGACUAGCUUCAAUAAUAUUAAUUUCGUUUGAUG